AGAUAAAAAAAAUUUAUCUGGCAAUACUGUCCGGUGCUUUAAACUUCAAAUCGAAAGCAGCUGUAAUUUAUAGGUUAGAAGAACGUCAUUGAAAUAAAAUUAAAUAGAAUUGAAAUUUCAAAGAUGUCUGGUUCACUAACUGGACUAAUUAGCCAUACACGAAAGGUACAGAGCUUAUAUAAGCGAGCCGUGAGAUCUUUAGAAGAUUGGUACGACAGAAGAGAAGUCUUUAGGUAUCAUGCAGUUUUGAUGAGAAAAAGAUUUGAUGACAAUAAAAAUAUAACUGACACCAGAAUUGCAAAAGAACUUAUAGCAAAGGGAGAGGAAGAACUGUUUAAAAAUGAACAUUGGCACCCACGGAAAUUCCCUGAGUCUCCUGGGGGUGUGGCUUUUGGAAGGGUAGUUACCCCUCCAGACUGGGUAGUAGACUACUGGCACCCUCUAGAAAAAGCUCAAUAUCCUGAGUAUUUCGCUCGACGAGAGGAAAGAAAGAAGGAAUAUGUGAAAUUGUGGGAGCAGAAAUAUGGAAAAUCUUCAUCAUUCAAUCCUCCACACUGAACUCUCACAUAUACCUACAAGUGAAACAUAUUGUAUAGGAAAUCCCUUGGUAGUUCAAACACAUUAAAUAUUUGAUUAACGGAA